UAGAAACAGCAAUAAUUCACAUAGUACUAUAGAUCAAAGAAUAGUACAUUCUUUUGCAGAUUUUAAACCAAAGCAAUGGAUGUGCAUAUAUGAUAAUUCAGUAUAUCUAUACUUGUUUUCUUUGUUAUUUCAAUAUCAAUCUUAUUGUAAUGUAUGAAUAGCCAGAGAAAAAUCCAACCAUAAAUUUGCAUGACAACAUUAUCAAGUCACACUGGAUUACACACUAUGAAUUGGUUAUCCUAUACCAGGUCACAUUUACAAUCAGCAAAGACACCAACUGUUGUUCUGUUGUACAAGUACACAUACCUCACAGCAAGGAAACAUAAGGAUUAAUUCAGGAUGGCUACCAGUGAGCUGAGUCAGUUUUUGGAAAAUGUUGAUGAGAAGGUCCUAGAGUGCACCAUAUGCUUCAAGAGACUUCAAAAUCCUAAAUCUCUCAACUGCCUUCAUACAUUCUGUUUAGCAUGUCUGGAAGACUGGGUUAAGGAGAAGGGUAAGCUAACAUGCCCAACAUGUUCAAAAUCAUGUUGCAUUCCAAAGGGCGGGCUUCAGAAGCUUCCACCAAAUACUAUUUUGAAUAACUUAUUAGAAACUAUUGACCAAUUUUCAAAAACAAGUCAGAUGAAAUGUAUUUGUAAAGGACAGGCAAAAUACUACUGCCAGGAAUGCAGACAUUACUUGUGCUCUACUUGUAGUGAUCAUCACAAAAUAUUGCCGAUGUCUGAAAAACACAAGCUACAUUCAGUGGAGGAUGUGCGAUCAAUGACGCCUUUACAGAUUGCAUCAUUGCAUCCUCCGCUAUGUUCACAUCACAACAAGACUUUAGAAUUUUUCUGCAGCAUAUGCAAUAUUCCAAUAUGCAUGCAUUGUACAAUUACUGACCACAAUGCAUGGGAAGGAAAUCACAAACCAAUCAGCAUUUCUAAAGCAUUUCAAACAUUUAAAGAAACUUCAGCAACAUUGGAGAAAGCAGCCAGUGACUGCAAAAACAAAUUACAAGAUGGCCUCAAAGCAGUUAUUCAGAAUGUUACAGAACUACAACAAAGCAAAGAUACAAGUUUAAAAGAUAUUGACAAUCAUGUACAAGUAUUGGUCAAGAUAAUCAAACAGAAUGCAGACAAAAUUAAAAAUAAAGUAGAAUCAAUCUACAAAAAGAAAAAAAAGGUGUUGGAUAUACAAAUGGAUAAAUUGAAAACGACAAUAUCUGAUAUAAAUACAAAACUGAGUUUUCUUAAUCAUUUGUUGAAAUGUGAUGAAGCAACAGCAAUGCAAUCAAGUGAAAGAUUAAGUACAGCAAUGAAGGACAUAAUUAAUGAAUUGCCAAAAACACGGCCAAAUGAUAAUGGAAAAAUUAAAUUUGUUAUCAAUGAAAAUCAGUUUCAUUCAUUGAAAAAAUGUGAUAUAGGGUAUGUAUCACAUUCAGCAGCAGAGUAUUUAACAUUAAAGGGAGCCAAUUAUGUGACCCAAGGUCAGACAAUUAUUGUCAAAGUAAUCAAAACCAAUGAAUGUGAAAUUCAUGCAAAUCAACUGAAGGCAACAUGGACACAGCCUACAGGAAAAGCCAACGUCACUCAAGUUCAAGAAGAUGACAAUGGAGAUUAUUUUGUGACAAGAAAAUGCACAAGUUUAGGAGUCUGUAAACUUGAUGUAAGUGCCGAUGGGGAGCCAAUUAAGCAGUCACCAAUGAUUAUCAAAGUAGAGAAGGAAGGAUUAGUAAACACUAUUCAUAUAAACAAAGAUUAUGUUACAGAUAUAGUUAAGUGUGGAGAUGAUUGCUUGAUUUUUUCAUGUCACACAAAUGAAAUGCUCAAAUACAAGCAAUCAGGAGAAUAUAUUUGUACAAUUAUGCUACCACAAGUUGUGAGAGUUAACAAAAUGUACACAAUGAAAAAUGGUAACAUAGCUUUUAGUGAUUCAAAUAGUGGUGACAUCAAAGUGUGCAAUAUGAAUGGUCAGGUGAUCAAAUCAACUGGUCAGAUAGUAAUUAUGAAUACAGAAGCUGGUAUCCAUGUGGAUGAGGCAUCAAAUGUUGUGUAUGUAGUAGAUGUUAAUAAUGGAUGUGUGGUUAAGUUUGACAUUGAUAGUGGCCAAAAGAUAGGAUGGAUAGGGUCAGAUGGUAACCGACAAUAUCGAACUCCUAGCGGAAUUCGUAGCGGAAUUCGUAGAGUCACUGAUGUCACUGAUGUCGCUGAUGUCACUCUUACAAAUCAGGGACUUAUUCUCAUACUGGAGAAGUACAACAAGAGAUUAUUGUUAUUUAAUAAUGAGGGAAGUUUCAUAAAAAUCCUUGUUGGGGGUUAUAAGAAUGACAGGUUGGCAAAUCCGUGUGAAGUAGUAGUUGAUGAGGAUGACAACAUCAUUAUAGCAAGUAACUACAGACUACAGCUAUUCAGUAGUGAUGGAAAAUUCAUUAAAAGAAUUGAUAAAGAAGAAGAUGGAAUCAACUAUCUUUGUGGAUUAACCAUCAUUUCAUAUCAUCCACGUAGAGUUGCCAUAGCAAAUAAUGGUAACAGAAGUAUCAACAUAUUCAAUUAUUAAAUAUAUUGAUAUUCUGCUGCCCACAUUCUUGUGGUAUUAUGUUUGUAUCAAGUUAAAAAAUUGGCAUAUACUAAAAGAAUGAAUAUAGUUUUUUUAUUACAUAAAUACUCUAAAGUUGAUCAAGUUUUCAGGAUGGUAUUCAAAUUACUGUAGUUGUAUAAAAUAGUUAUUAUUAUCAAUUUAUUUAUGUAUUUGACCACGGACAUUAUGGCACCUAUGUUCCUAUAGCUAUACAAUAUACAAUAUAUACAAUAUACAAUAUACAAUAUACUUUAUUCACAACUAAAAACAGUUGAAUUGCACAUACAUAAGAAAUUUAAAAAUUGCCUUAAAAGUUAAAAACAUCAAAAUGGAGACGGUAAACAAAAUCACACACAUUAUCAAAGUAAUAACAAUAAUUAUAAUAUUAUGAUUAUUAUUAUUAUUAUUAUUAUUAUUAUUACUGUAAGUUUCAGUACUAGGAUAAGAAUGUAUUUGCUAAUGUUGGACUUGUAGUUGCUCUUAAUUAGUGAAUAUAAUCUGUUUUACAUUAUUUGAACCCAUGACCCUUAGAUAGGAAUGAGAACAAGCAUCUUCUUAACCAUCAGCAACAGUGCCACCAUGGUUGUUAAACAGUCAAAAUAUGCUGAUGUUACAGGACACUGAACAGUAAACUUUUACCAGCAGUAGCAGUAAUUUUAGGAAUAAUAAUAAUAAUAAUAAUAAUAAUUAUUAUUAUUAUUAUUAUAUUAUUAUUAUGUUGAUGUAACCAAGGAGGUAUAAAAUACCUCCUUGAUGUAACAUUGUACCAACUGCCCUUUCGAAAAUGUGCACUUGAGUGACUGCUAAAGUGUGGUUACUGAUUUAUACUUUGCACCUUAUUUAUAUAAAGUAAUGUGCAACACAGAAUUUAGUGUUUAUUAGUGACUAUUAGUGAGUUUAAUAUAAUCAAAAGAAAAUAAUUGUAUUUUAAGCAAUUUUUAAAAUAAAUUUUUUUCUUGCAUCAGCUAACAGCAAGUAACUAACCAAUUACAGGGUGUAAUAUUUUAAAUUAUACAAUGCCUGUAUACUGUAUAUUCUAUUAAUUUGAUUGGUUGAUAACAGGACACAUGAGAUUGGAUGACUAUCCCAUGCUUAUUUGAGUACUAGUCAACGAUCAUUGAGUAGUACUUUUUCAUCUCAAAGAUGACAAAAUCUCAAAUGCAACGCGACGCGAGCGAGAGAAAAAUAGCCUAGUGUAGUUACAACCUGCGCAUCAACAAGAAGUUAAUCAUUCGGUAGCCCACUCCGCCGAUAAAAUGGCAGGUCCAUUUGAUACUGGGUCAUUUGUACUUUUGAGCAAAGGUUUUGAGGAAUUACUGAAUGCGGUGAUGCCGAAUCAACAAAAAAAAGCAAUAAAGUAAUUGUAACUCACAAAAACCAUGUGAGCAAUUGAUGAAGAUUUUUCUAUCGUUAGAUACAGCAGCCUAGGCUAGGCCUACACCUGAGGGCCUACAGGACAAAGGUAUUUAUUGAUAUAAUGGAAAGAGAUACAGAGGUGUUGUAUAAAACAAAUACUGAAUGUUUCUCAUUCGUACAAUGGGGUAGAAUAUUUAAUUCGGUGAAAGAUUGCAUGUUCUAUUCAACUCGGCUAUGCCUUGUUGAAUGGAACAUCCAAUCUUUCAUCUCGUGAAAUAUUCUACUCCAUUGCACGAAUAAACAAUCAUUAUUUGUAUAAAUUCAUAUCUUAAACUAGUUUCUAAUUGAUAUUUAAUGUGUUGUUUUGCAUUUUUUGCAUGGCUUUAACUUUAAUAUUAUAUAAUGAAUUUGAAAAUAGUAAUGUACCUUAUUUAGGCUAAACAUGAAUAACAGGUAGUUAAUUUUAAUGGUGGAUGAAAUGUAUACUAAACAGUUUGUAGAACCCAGCAAAGCAGUAAGUUACUGUAAAACAUGUUAAAGUUGAAUUAUAAUAAUUGAGUGUACAAAGUCUGUAUAUCUAGAAAUAAGUGAAUAUCUAUGAGAUGAUAAUUCAAUAUCUAUACAGGCCUACAGUCACACAGAUUAAAAUGAAACAUAACCAUAGGGAAGCAGUGGUGGUGCCCUUGUCUGCUAAGCCAAGCCUCCCUGAUUAACACAGUUGGAUGAUGUCACAACAUUUCUGGCACUUAUGAGUGGGAACCUUUACUUUAAGCAUGUUGGUGUAGCGCAACAGAAUCUAUGGUCCCAGUUUGAAGGGUUGAGUGUAUUCCCUUUCCGAUUGUUUAGAAACUUAUGCACUUGCAGGACUAUUAGCAAUAUCAGUCAUAUUAAUCUGUCAUAAAACAAUUCCACAUUCGGUUUAAGUUAUUUUAUGCUAAAACCAAGGGCUGUGACCGUAUAGAAUAAACAAAUUACUUCAUGUUUUUUUGCUACAGUAGUAUAUUUUACAUAGAAUAAAUAUUCAUAUUCUAAACCCUAUUGAUUGCACAUCCAUGUGUCUGACUGUCUGAAUAAAUUAAAACAAAAAAACAAAAACAGUGUGUAGUAUACAUCUUGUAAUUUAAGUCUAUUUAAGGCUGCCUAUAGCAUCCCAGGUACAAAUUACAGCUGAAGUUGGUGUACAUGUACUGAUCCCCAAGAGAUCCAUUACAUGUAUUCGUUUCUCCUAAUCAAAUCAACUAUGCUAGAGACUUUUGAUAAACUUUUAAAUUAUAGUAGAAAAUAGUACUGAAACAAAUUCCAUGAAAGUUUGAAAUGAAAAGUUCUAUUAAAACUAUAAUAGCAAAUUAUUAUCAUUAAAUUAUAUAACUAUUACAGUACUGUAUUUGAAUAAUGUUAUAAGUAUUUAUUGUCAAGUUAAUAUGCUAUUAUCUUACAAAUAUUUUUAACUGAUAUCAAUAACAAUAGUAUUUAUUUGGAAUUCCAAGAUACAGUGUACUGUAUAUAUCUUUAAAUUAUUUUAGAAGCUAUAGAUCGUUUACUUUUUCUUUUUUAUCAUGUACCACUGGACAGAAAUUUCAUAAUACUCAGAAUUUUGGGUCAAUAAGAUCAAAUCCAAAAGUUAGGCCUAUUUUCUCCAUGACUAAAUAUAUUUAUGCUGUAAU